AUGACUCUCUGCAUGCUCGAGCAAGAGAGACAGCACAAGAUGGCCGAGGAACUGCGGAAGGAACUUCAAAGGUGCCCGACAGACGUCGUUGCAGCCGUUCGUGGAGGCGGCGCGAUACAGGAACAUGUACAGGCGAAUGAACAAGACAUCCGCGCAGUCGCCGCCGAGAACAAAGUCCAAGUGCAGCAGACGGACAUCGACGACGAGCAGGUGGCGCUAGCGAUCGCGGAGAAGCUGGGAAACACGGCGGGCAUCUCUUACUCCGAGAUCGCGAGCAAGGCGUCAGAAUGCGGCCGCACACAGCUCGCCAUACGCCUGCUGGACCACGAGCCGCGGGCGUCCGAGCAGGUGCCGCUCCUGAUGAAGGUCAAUCGCGACGACCUCGCCCUCACCAAGGCCAUCGACAGCGGCGACACCGACCUAGGUGAGCCUCCAGGGGGCGCCGGCGAAGGUCGGCCGAGGGCAGGGGGCGCCUGU